UGUAGGGUAUCUAUUUCUAUCGGGCAAGCGUGCCCUACCUACACCAACCAAAAGUAAUUUUAAGAGGACAUGAGACUGUGAUAGUGAGUUCGAGUACUGUGUAAACCGUGCACCGUUUUGUCCAACCAUCUCUGUGUGUUUGUGUGUGUGUGUGCGAGCGCGCAACGUACCGUCGGUGUAACUGUAGUAGUGUGGUAGUGAUCGACCCUUUUUUGUUCCUCCGACUAACCACUCCGAUUUGUUGCUGUGUUACUAAGUGUUAUGCUAUAGAGGAGAGAUAAAAAAAGACGUUUGUGGUGAAAUUGUUUGUGGUUUUCUUUUUCUUGUUUUGGGUCUUUUUUUCACUUUGUCCUACUCUACAUCUUUCAUUUUUCCCCUUCUACCCCGUUUCGUUUCAAACUUUUGCAUGUGUAGCGAUGUUUUUUACGUUUUGAUGGUGAACUUAACUAGUAAGAACCGACAACUAAAAUUGAGCAAAAAAAAGGAAACUUUCACCAAUUAAUUAUCCAUCAGGAGUAUAACUAGUAUCGGUGAAAAAGUGUGAAAAACUCUCCAGAAAAACUGGGGGAAAAUGAAGAACAAUUGUGUUGCAACAUGCAAAACACGUGUAAAACAAAAGAAGAAGACAGCACACAGCAAAUAAGAAGAAAAAAAACACUGAGAAGAAGAAAACGUAAGCAAAACACAAAUAAUAGUAAGCAAUAACUAACGCAACUCAAAUGCCUCGAAACUAUUUUUCGUGUGACAAUGUGAGACAUAGACGAGCGGGAGAGUUUCUCUCUAUCUGCAACACAGUUUUUUUACACACACUCUCUCUCUCAUCUCUUUCCCUCUUGUUUUGCUAUUGGUUUUCCUUCAAUUAAUUUCUCAUUGUUUUUAUUGUACUUACUAAUGCCUGUGCAACGAAGAAGUGAAAUUCUUUUAAUUUCCCCUUGUUUUCUCUUCGUUUAAUCUGCGCAAAGCUAAACCAAUCCCUCCGAUCAGGGAUGGCCAUUAGAAUGUGGAAUCUGUUUUUGUACCUGUUACAGAAAUAUGCAAAAAAGUUUUCAUAUUCUUGCGGUCAUCCUUGGGCGUACGCUUCAGCCUUCAACAUUUAGCUGGCAACUUUUUUGCUAUCAUUUUCAUUUCCAACCCUUUAAACAGCAAGGAAUGUGCAAGGAAAACGCGCACCUUUUUGAAAAACGGUUUGAUUGAUUGUUUGCAAGUGUGUUUUCUUCCGUCACAUUUCACAUCCGUUUCGUGCCUUUUAAAACAUUCUCCUUCCACACAGCGACACAAUGACAGUAAAGUCACCUAUCUAAGUACACAUUUUAUAUGCUUAGCUUACAAUCCUACACACACACACACACUAAGCCAACAAAUAAGAAACAACUUUCUAGCCACAAUCAGAUCUGCCUGAACACAGCAAGUGGACCGUCGUUGCACAGCAAACUAUGGUCGCCGGAGUGUACAUUGAACACGUCAUAUGCGCACAACCUUCGAGUGCACCUGCCCAAUAAUGCAGUUUUGGGAGGGAGGAAGAAAGAAAACCAACACAAACACACACAUAAACAAAUCCCACAUUAAUGCAUUAACGCAAAGCAACGUAAAUAUGUACAGCAGAAAUGCAUUUGAAGUAACAGCAAAACGGCCCCUCAAUUCCAACUUCAAACUUCAGCCCCACCCCCUGCUAGUGCCGCUUCAAAGAAGGAAAAGCCUCGUUUUUGCAGUAUUUUUUAAAAAAUCUAACAAACGAAAGACACAAACACACACACACACACACACACACUAAACUUAGUACCCGUCGUGAUGGGUACUCGAAGCGGUAAUGCGUGUGUUUGCUUCUCCAUUUUGUACAUAACGUUUAGAACAACGCAACCGGCAACGGAACAUAAUGCCAUGCCUUGGUUUUAGUUUCUUGUUGAAUGUUUGCAUUGUUUUUCCCGUCUCGUUCUAUCGAUUAUAGUGAAAGUGUAGUGAAAAAAAAACCCGUAAAAUCAAUCGGCUAAAUGUAAGAAGUUUUAUUAAAAUCAGUAUAAAGAGCGCUAGCUAACGGGUGCUUGUAUGAAGGAUGGAAAUGAAAAAAACCAACUCAACACUCAGUAAACUCUUAGCGACUAGGAGAAGGACGAAGGAGAGAAAACCCCCUACUGAAAGUGAUAUAAAAAAUAUUGAAAAAAAAACAAACGUUUAAACUAUUAAUACUAAACUUGCGUUCUUCUGCACAGCAACAACACAACAAAAACAAAACUCACAGAUUUUGAAAGUAAAAUAAGAAGCUAAAAAAAAAGUCAUACAAAUCGAAUAAUGCACCUAGUAAAAUUUAAAACCUUAGAUCAAAAAGAUUGGUUUAAGUGUAGUGGGAUAGUGAAGUGGAAAAAAAAUAACAAAACGAAGGUUCUUUACGCGUUAAACCGUUCUCUACUGUGAUUACUGUGACGAAAAAUAAGAAGAAGAAAAAAAGGGGAGAAGAAAGAGUAAAAAGUAUCUAAGUACACUCGAAACUAUAAAAAAACACACACAUAAAAAUAGGAGAAGAAAAGUUAGAAAGCAACUAAACAAGCGCAACAUUUGUACAGCCGUGGAAGAGGAAGAAGAGAAAGUGCGUUUUCGCAACAACAACAAAAUAACAACACAAAAUGGAUAAAUGAAUAUUAGCAAAUGCUCUCUCCCAACCCUCUCUCACUCUCUCUCGAUCGAAAUUAAACAAUGGUGUAGCAGAAAGGUAAGAGAAUUUCAAAACACAACCGUGUUUUCGAAAUAAAGUGCGGACAAGCAACUAAUGAAGGAGGAAAAGGAAAGGAAUAUACUUGCAAUAACAAGUGGUAGUAAUUAUAAUAAAAUAACGUAUAGCAGCAAAACAAAACAAAAAACAAGCAGCUCCUAAACAAUUCUUCAACCAAAAAGCAGGCGAAAGCGAACAAGUAAACAUAGCAAAUGUAAAUAUUUCUUCUUUCUUUCUUCUAUUUUGAAAAAUUCAGUACAUUAGCGUAAAGGUGUAGCAAUUGACUUCUUUUCAUCAAAAUCAAUCAAAGUAAGACCAAUGUUUCAUACAAAAAUCCCGCCUGUAAAUACUAGUAUAAUAGCGUGAGAGCGUGUAGGCAAAACGAAUGAAACUCACUCACUUUUAGAUAAGCACGAAAAAAGCACUCUUUGCAUAAAUGCUGAUAAUGACGCUGAAGGGUCCAAACCUGUUUGCCUCUAUGAACAAAAACUAAAAGAGAGAAGAGAGAGAAGUUAAACAAAGCCGAUAAAAAACAAAGCUAAUAAAGAAGGAAAUGAGAAUGAAAUAAGGGAAGAGAUAAACAAAACAAAAAAACGUUACAACAAAACCCAUUACAUACGUCUAAGAAAUUUUGAAAUUAACUAGCAAAACAGGCUUUUAAAAACGAACAAAACAAUCUCUUAAAAUAGAAGUUAAAAAAAAAACUACAAGAUAAACCCAACAAAACAAGAUUGCGUUACAAGAAAACAAUCGUACCAAUCGUAAAUAAGGGCGAACGUAAGCAGAAAACGGUAGAACAAGUUUAAAGCAAUUAAGUCACUGAUUACACUCCUUAACCGAACCGAAAUAUCCUGAUUGGUUCUAUUAUUUUUUGUCACUCUAUUGUAACCUACCCCUGUAACCUGUGUAGUUACAACAAUCGGACAUCUUUUCCAUACACUCUACCGAACCCUUACCCGUAACCAGAAACCUGAAACCUACCCAAUGGCUUUAAGCACAAGGACCACAACAUUCUCCUUAAAAAAAUAGGAUACAACUACCAUUUUAAAAAUGAACCAACUCCACUCUUUACCUGCUCUAUCCAGCCCAGCAAACAUUAUCACUCGAAGUGUGCAAUAAAACGUUCUGCAGUACCACAAAGCAUAGAAUUAACAUAUCUUUAGUGCAGCGCGUUGAAGGAUCGAAUUACUAGCUCACACUCUUGGUAGAAUUAACACACCGACAGACUCACACAAAAAUAAAAAACCCACGGUUUCUCUUAAUCUAUCGAGCUACACGGAAGCGGAUGAACCAAAAGCUCUACAAAGCUGCAACAAACUACAGCUCCGCUCAGUCUGAAAUAUUUACCCGAACUUGUUUCAAACGCAUCUACAGUAUCUGUACGGAAACCUAUAGAAAAUCCCCCGAUUUAUUAUACACAAGUAAGAAAGGAAAUACAAACAAAAGAGAGAGCCCCUACUAUAUCAAUCAGUUACGAAAAUCAGAAAGCUAAAGCUAAAACAUUUUUAAAUAUUGUUAAAACAUUGGAAUAUUUAAUGAACCACUUGUUACUAAUUGAAAAAUGGUACGAAGCGAAAAAAAACACAACAACAUUAAUCUCCCGUUCUAAAAAAAGGAUUGUAAAACAAAAUAAAAGAAAAAAA